CUGGAGCGUGAGUGGUCACCGAGUAAGGUAUGACACUAGCCCUCCAGCUGUUCAAAAACAGCAUUAACACUCAAGAAAAGCUCAGAUUGAACUCAAUCAGUGUGAGUGUGAGUGAGCUUUUAGAAUACGGGUGAAAGAGUUGAAACAAGUAAAUUUUACAAAAACCCAAGUUAUAAUUGUAAAUGAAAACCUUUCAUGGAAAGAGCAAAUUUCAAAUAUUAUUACUAAAGUAUCCCAAGGCGAGCCAUUAUUGCGUAGAAUAAAAAAGUUUCAACAGACUAUGAUUAAUGUGUAAAAUGUUAUUAAUGUGAUUAAAUUUUUAAAUUCCGUGAUCCUCCCCUAUUUUGACUAUUGUAGCAUGGUGUGGGAAAACUGUGGAAAUUGUUUGCUUCAAAGACUACUAUAAAUGCAAAACAGAGCAGCAAGAGUAAUUACCGGAAAGUCAUAUGAAGUAAGAUCUAGUGAAAUAUUAAACAUUAGAAAAGCGAAGGAAGUGUAAUAAAGCCAUAUUUAUGUAUAAAAUCAAACACACCAAUGAACCUCCGAAAUGUAUGGCCAACCUUUUUAAUGUGAAAAACAACACUAGGUAUAACCUUCGUAGUAACAAUAUCGAUUUCUUACUGAAAUGCCAAGAACUAUAAUAUGAUGAAAGAGGUAUAAGUUAUUCAGCUGCAAGCUUAUGGAAUCGAUUGCCUGGGUUUGCGAAGUUGAGUAGUGUUCCACUACAUAGAUUUAAAGCUAUUCUCCGGAACAGUUUAACUUAACUUGAUUAUAUGACUUGUAAAUAGUUGGAAAGUGUGUAAAUCCAGAUUCGAGAGGAAUUAGAUUUGAAGUUCGAGUCGGUUCUAUUCUGGACAGAUUCAACGUGUGUCUGGCAGUAUAUCAAUAACGAGGCUAGCCGCUUCAAACCGUUCGUCGAGAACCCAAUUGCCAUCAUUCACGAAAAUUCGAAUCCGUCACAGUGGCGAUACGUCAACUCGAAAGUUAACCAGGCAGAUUUUGCAUCCAGAGGCUAACGACCAAGUGACGAGCACAAGAUAAAUCUUUGGAUAAACGAGCCGGAAUUCCUGCAUAAUGAUGAAUCUAACUGGCCAGCAAGGGAAUGAAGAAUGACUGUCCAGAAGGGAUGAAUGUUUUGUCGGACGAAUGUCUGUAAUGGAUGCGCGAAUUCGAAGUCGAAAUUUACGAGACGCAAGUUCCCAAAGGAGACACGCUAGCUAGAUUCCAUUAUCCAAUACUAUUCCUCAUGGUACCGCCUGCUUAAAGAGAUAGCGUGGCUCAUGCGGUUCCUCCAUUUCGUACAAGAUACUUGGGGAAAAAAAAGAAAAAUAAGAAAAAAAAGAAAAGUUGCCCACAAGUAUAUCCGACGUCCGAAAGUUCGAACUCUUAAUUUGAAACACCGUAGGAUCAUUGGGUCCGGAGAACAGCCUUUGACCGUCGAAGAAUUGCAGACGGCAAAGAGACGCCUCAUCCUUUACGUUUAUCGCGUAGCAUUUUCCGACGAAGUCGGUUGCCUGAAACCAAAACCAAAAGGCUCCCACAGAACCGGUCCAAUCGUAAAGAAAUCGAGCAGAUUGUCGGCACUGUCACCAUUUAUGGGAGAAUAUGGCUUGGUGAGUGUUUGCGGUCGGUUAAAUCGAGAGAAGAUAAGUUUCGACGCGAAGCAUCCAGUCGUGAUUCCCAGCCAGCGCCGCCUUUUCGAUUUAUUGAUACGGCAUUACCGUCCUUACAGCAAUCCAACAAGAGUAUUGGAUCCUCCAAAGGCGAUAUAGAAUUAAGUAGAUUAUCGAUAAGUGCAUUCGCUGUUGUAAAAUGUAUGCAUCACCGUGCGAGCAGAUCAUGCCUCCACUUCCCACGCCGCGUGUCACUGCCUGGGAAAAUCCGUUUGUAUCAACUGGAGUGAACUAUUUUGGACCUCUCUUCGUCAAAAGAGAUCGCAGCAUGGCUAAGAGAUGUGGUGUGUCUUUAUGUAUAUGUCAACACGCGCGGUUCACAUCGAAGUGGCGCAUUCCCUCGACGCAGAGUCCUUUCUGUGUGCCUUCAGCCGUUUUACGGCGCGCCGAGGUGUCCUUACGGAUAUGCAUAUGUACAGCGACAACGGGACAAACUUUGUCGGAGCCUCCGGUAUAUAUUGAAAGAUGAAUUCAAGAACAUCCGGUCGGACGAAGAGCAGUUGAAGAUUUACGACCAAUUGAGAAUGAAAGGUAUGACAUGGCACUUCAAUCCACCAUCAGCGAGCCACACUGGUGGAGUAUGGGAGCGAGUUAUACGUUCCAUCCGACGGAUUUUGGCUUCUCUGACGACCGAACAAACACUCGAUGAUGAGACACUAGUCUGGUAA